AUGAGCUGCUUCGCAUGCUUCAAGCCUGAGAAGAAGAUGCCGUCGAGGAGGGCGGAGUCGAGGGAGGUCGCGGUCGUGAGGAAGUCCACGAGCCAGAAUGAAGCGCCUCCCAGGGAAUCUGGGUCUAUCAAGCCAUCAAUAGUCUCUUCAAAGCACAAGCACAAGCCAUCAUCUGAAACAUCAACAAGUAUCGAACCUCCUAAAGGAAGCUGUUCUGUUGCCAAAACCGCAAAAGCAUUCACUUUCCGUGAGCUGGCUACAGCCACAAAGAACUUCCGUUCUGACUGCCUUCUUGGAGAAGGGGGCUUUGGUAGGGUCUACAAGGGCAAGCUUGAAAAUGGGCAGCUUGUUGCUGUCAAGCAACUAGACCUGAAUGGGUUUCAAGGCAACAGGGAGUUCCUAGUUGAGGUCCUGAUGCUCAGUCUACUGCACCAUCCAAACCUGGUCAACUUGGUAGGCUAUUGCGCAGACGGAGAUCAAAGGCUUCUGGUGUACGAGUACAUGGCGCUUGGUUCACUCGCAGACCACCUGCUUGAUACCACUCCUGAACAAGUACCACUGAGUUGGCAUAUUAGGAUGAAGAUUGCCCAUGGAACUGCUAAGGGGCUAGAAUACCUCCAUGAGAAGGCGAACCCCCCUGUUAUCUACCGGGAUCUCAAGUCCCCGAACAUCCUUCUUGAUGAGGAGUACAACCCUAAGCUCUCAGACUUUGGCCUUGCAAAGCUUGGCCCUGUUGGGGGAAAGACACACAUCUCCACUCGGGUGAUGGGAACAUAUGGGUACUGCGCUCCAGAAUACAUAAGAACAGGGCAGCUAACUGUCAAGACAGAUGUGUACAGUUUUGGGGUUUUCCUAUUGGAGUUGAUCACAGGAAGAAGAGCAGUGGAUUCCUCCAGACCAACAAGUGAACAAGUCCUAGUUAACUGGGCCAAGCCCAUGCUGAGAGACAGAAAGAGAUACAGUGAGCUAGUAGACCCUCUUCUCAGAGGCGAGUACACAGAGAGGGACUUGGGCCAGGCUGUGGGCGUGGCAGCAAUGUGCCUACAAGAGGAAGCCUCAGUCCGGCCUUACAUGAGUGAUGCUGUUGUUGCACUAGGAUUCCUUGCAGAAGUUCCUGCUGGCUAUAAAGCGAAGUCUAGCCCUAUACCCCAAAUGAAACAAGUUGAAGAUCCCUCAUUAACUAGCAGCUCUAAGCAAGAUAAGAACACAUAUGAUCGUCAAAAAGCUGUUGUGGAGGCCAUUGAGUGGGGCUCACUGAGGCAAAAACAGAAGUCUCAAAGUCCACAAAAGAAAGCUCAAAGUCAAGGAAUAUCAUCCCCUCCAGAAGCCAACAGGUUGUGAAAAUCACAUCUGUGGAGUAAAAUAUACUAGACCAGCCUAGC